AUGACGGCUCAAAUCCUGGCAUCUGAGCUGGGGAAUCUGAUCCAGGAAAGCAAAAGAAAACACGCCGAUCUGAGAAAUGCAGCGGAAAAGAGUCUCGACGAAAUCAAGGGCCUUCGCGCGACAUCUGAAGCCCAGGUCGCUGCUGAUCUCAGCCAACGCCCAAACUUCGUGACACCUUUCCUCAUAGCAUGCGGUACCAAGAAUGUCAAAUACACAAGCAUAGCCAUCGUGUGCCUACAGAGGCUUGUCGUCUCAGGAAGUCUUCCCAGAUCUCGCUUGAGAGAGGUUCUCGAUGCAUUCAGAGAAGCUACGUCGGCAGGACUGGACGUCCAGCUCAAGAUUCUGCAGGCGUUGCCUUCUCUGCUGCAGAACUACGCCGAAGAUCUGAAAGGCGAUUUAAUCGCGGCCAGCUUGAACAUUUGCACCAUCUUACAGGCGAGCAAGAAUGCCAUCGUUAUCAAUACGGCGGCAGCGACAUUGCAGCAAUUGGUUGUCAGUGUGUUUGACAAAGUGGUCGUCGAGGAUAAGAUAGCUCUCGAGCUCCCAACGAUUGGAGAAGCCCCCGUUGAAGAUGGGACAAUUCGCCUUCGUGCCGCAGCAAUGGAUGCUUACCGCGUCUUCAAUGAUCUUUGUCUCUUGACCGAGUCACAGAAGCCUCAAUUUCUCAGAUCUGCAGGACUGCCACAGACUUUCGGUCUCGAGCUGAUCGAAUCGGUUCUGACCAAUCAUGCGCAAGUCUUCUCAGACCAUGCGGAGCAGGCUCAUAUCCUUCGAGUUAGAGUCAUGCCGUUCAUCAUCAGCGCUCUCUCUGAAAAGUUGAACUUUGCAGUCACCGUAAGAAUUGUGCGUAUUUUGUACACGCUGCUAAGAAACCAUUUGAGCAUUCUCAGUUCCGAGGGAGAGAUGUCGUUGGGUCUCCUUACACAUAUGCUUGAUCAUGACACCGCGUUGUGGAAACGAUCAUUAUGUAUGGAAGCGUUGCGGGGUUUUUUUGCCGACGCGGCCCUGGUCAGAAAGAUAUUCGCCAUGUAUGAUGCUCAAGAAAAGAGAAAGGACAUCCUCCGGGACCUGGUUGCUGCUUUUGUCAGAUUGAGCUCCGAGAAGCCGGCAUUGAUCGGCCUGGGACCGCAAUCAACGGUUCCAGUGACAAGCCAAGGUGGUGGUGGAUCCGACCAAGCGAUACUCGAAGCAAGUGGUGUCCCAGGAAUUAUAAGUAGCGGUGUUGGUUCAAAUGACCCAUCUGUUGGGGUAAGCAGCCAAUGGAGUACAAUGAGAGUACCCUGCAUCGACCAGCUUGACAAAACAGAACCCCCUUCGAUUCCAGAGUCAUACAUCUACAGCCUCACACUCGCGUGUAUCAAUGGUUUCUCGGAAGGACUGGCCAAAUUCAUCCUUCCCUUGACCGUGCCAGAAAGACCUCGCAAGAAAGGGCGUCAACUAGAAGUCGAGGAGACGCUAGACUCGACACCUGGGAGCCCGGGCGCUCGAGGAAAGGUAGAAAGGCGAUCUUCGACGAAGAAGAAUCCUGUUUCUGUCAACCCAUUGGAUCUUGGGGAUCAUCCUCUUUACGAGGAUGUUAAGAUUUGCGCUGGUAUAGUGGAACAUUGCUGGCCUGCCAUCCUGGCAACAUGCUCCACCUUCUUGUACGCGGCACUGGACUCGGAGUACUAUCAUGGUCUGGUGAGGUCUUUUCAAAAGUUCACCCAUGUAGCUGGACUUUUGCGUCUCGCAACACCUAGAGAUGCAUUUCUUACAACGCUGGGAAAAGCCGCAGUGCCUUCGAACAUCCUGACGGCGCAAACACCUAUAGGACCGACAUCAUCGACGCCGGCUACAGAGAAGCAAAGUAUUUUCAGCAAUGCGAAAGGUCUUCUGAGUGUCGAUAGUUCGGCCAGUAACUCUUCAACGUCGGAUCGAGGCCGGCAAUCUUCGGCCGAAGUCAUACCAAGCUCUCUGAACACCAGAAAUUUGCUGUGUCUUCGUGCGCUUCUCAAUCUGGGCAUUGCCCUUGGCCCAACGCUCGAUUCGGCAUGGGCGAUCGUUCUAGGCACGCUUCAGAAGGCAGAUCUAGUAUUAUUUUCAUCAACAAAAUCAGUGCGUACUCCAUCUACAAACCAGAAAACCGACAGCCAAUCUGCUGCUGAUGGAUCGGCACUUCUUGUAAACUUUGGAACUGAGAUCAAGGCUGUGGAAACAGCAGCUUCGAGACUUCUUGAAAGCACCAUUGACUUCCCCAAUGAUGCGUUUGUAGAGGUUAUUACAGCACUGUGCUCAUUAUUUGGAGUAGAGGAACCAGUGAAACAGUCAGAUGAUGCGAGCAGCACCGGUCCACCAUCCCCAGAGAUCCGACGGCCAUCACAGACACACCGCAGACUCCACAGCGUCAAUACAGCAACCGCGAUCCAGAACCAAGAGGAUCUUUUCGCUCUGGCAAAGCUUGGAGAUGUGGCUGGCAUCAACAUUGGCCGCCUGAUGGAUUAUGAUCCCGAGACUAGCGGUUGGGCGAUUCUCACAUCCGAGUUGACGUCCGCUGCUUGCUCGCCUUCUACACCAUCUUCUGUCCGCUUGAGAGCAGCAGAGAUUCUAAUUCGACUUGUUCUUGAAGCUGCAACUGCAACUUUGUCAUUACCAGAAGAGCUGCGAAGUAAUAUUCAGCUACGCUUGCUCAAGACUUUAAGAAAGGCAAUACGUCCUCUGGAGUCAUGUGAGCGCCAGUUGUCAGUUGCAAUGCACGCAACCGAUAUCGAUGUCCACAAGAUCAUUCUCGAAGGACUCAAGAGUAUACUUGAGCAAUGUGGCGAGACAUUUGUUGUUGGCUGGGAUAUAGCGUUCGAUAUCAUUGGAAGCGUCUUUGUUCAGAACGAUGCACUUAUCGAAGAGAAUCCCAAGAGGUCCAGAGCUUCGACCACGCGCUCUGCAAGGCUCAUCAGAUCUUCGUUCAACUCCUUGCAACUCAUCUGCUCGGACUUCCUGUCCUCGCUGCCGAAUUCCUGUUUCAUAAUGCUCGUUGAUACUCUUUACAAUUUCUGUACCCAAGAUGAUGAUCUCAAUAUUUCGUUGACAACCGUCACGUUCUUCUGGGUGUUGUCUGAUUUCAUUUCUGGAAGGACCCACUCGCUUUCGCUUAGUUCUGAUCUGAUGAAAGGCGUAAAUGAAGGAAAUCUCGCUGGUAUGGCUUCUGGUGAUGACCUUGCAGUUUCAGAUGCCGCCCUAUGGAUGCUCUUGCUUCUAAGAUUGACUGCCGUCACUACGGAUGACAGGUUGGAGCUGAGAAACAGUGCAAUACAGACUCUAUUUCGUAUCUUUGACGCAUAUGGAGACCAGCUGAGCCCCGAAGCUUGGUCGAUUUGUCUCAAAUCGGUCAUGUUCAAACUUCUCUCUUCGAUUGAAGAACAACUCCAAAUCACACACGACGUCGAGUCAGAAGCAUCGAACAAAGACAGAACGGGAUGGAAUGAAACUACCGUUGUUGUUUUAUCUGGAAUCACAAAUCUUCUGGCAGAUUAUCUUGAGGUGGUAUCAAGCCAUGCUUCUUUUGGCGAGUCCUGGCAAGCUCUGCUCAAUCACCUACAAACCUUGCUCGAUUUGAACAUUUUGGAAAUCAACACGGCGGUCUUCAAAUCACUGCGGGAAAUUCUUUCCCGGGGAAACCUUACAGAAAGCUCUACAACAAAUUUCAGUCGCCCAUCUCUUGACCUCGCUUGGGCCCUAUGGUCGACCUCACUUCCCGUGGUCAAGCCGGAUCCGAGUAAUAAGCGAUUUGAUAACCAAAACUACUUACUCGCUUACUCCUCAGCGCUGCAAGAGAUUUAUCGCUUGAUACAGGCUGAUAUUGACGAUGAGCGGGUUCACAGAAUGCUGACCCUCCUAAGAGAAUCCAUUCAGCAAGCUAGCGCUGCGACAUACUCCGCAGAUGUCGAAUACCUUACGCCGUUACAAACUCAGGUGCUGGAAUGUCUCAAGAUGAUUCGCACCGAUAUUGAUGGUGUCCCAGCAGCUCUUAUAGGACAAGUAGCUGACUUUGUCGGCCUCGCAUUUGAGCCAAGAGACACCUCUGGAUCUGACACACAACGACCAACAUAUGUUGCCUUGUCCAAGGCCUCGAUGGCACUGUUAGAGAACCUGAUCAUCGCUCACUCCAACGAUGAAGAGAUAUACGGUAGCGGUGCUCUGUCAUCCGCCCUCACGGCGCUUGCAAGACCGAUCGUCCUGAAAUAUUCUUUCCCACUCGUCACUAAAAGCAUCUCACCAUGGCGACAAGCAACAACCUCAUCUCUCGCCAUCUUGAAGUCCGUUUUACCAAUUCUCACAAAAGCUCCUCUCAAAGAAGACGUCACGCGUUCCCUCUGGACCUCAAUUGUCACAAUAGCAAACGGAAUAACCAACGCCGACUGCUCCUCCCUCUCCCCAACGAUCUCCAUCCAAGACGACCAAGACUUCGACAUAGCCUCCUUCCUCGCCGUCAGUACUCUCAUAACACCCGCCCUCGGCUCCCCUAAAAUCCCAGACAAACCUCGCAUGGCAUACACCAAGUCCCUCUUUCACAUGUCCCUCAUCCAUGCCCCCCACCCAUCCGAACUCCCGCAACCCAACCAAGAACUUCUCGCAACCCUCUACCAGCAACGCAAAGGCCGCACCGUGGACCCAGGCCCCACCCCCCGAGUCCGAAUGAGCUACGUCUGCUUCGAUGAGCUCGUUUCCCUCAUCACUUUGCACGACAGCUCAGACGCGCGCAUUAAGCUCGCCCAAGCCGCGGCCCCCUACCUGAUCCUGCGCGCAGGUCUCACCCUACGAGCGUACAUUGCUGACCAGCCUCUCAGAGGCCGGAUACCACAGCCGCGCUCGCAGAGAAAGGAGCUGCUAUAUAUCCUGCAGGCGUUGGUGAAGUUGAACUGUGAGCCGGAAGCUAUUCCCGAGACGUCGGGCGUGGAUAGCGAUGUCAAGAAACACUUGUUUUGGCUGUACCCGUUGCUAGCAAAGGCGGUUAGGGCUGCGGCGAGGGAUAUGGAGGUGCUGGAGUGGGUCGGCAGGGCGCUUGAUGUUGUGGGAGGGGAGUUCGGGCUGAGGGGGUUGAGUUGA